UUGUUCUGCGAGAGAAGGGAGAGAGAGUCUGACUGGACCCUUUUGAUCCCCCGCGUCAGUCGUCACAAUUUUUCCCAAAAUCGGGCGAAAUAUACAAACGUUUUCCCGCUGGCGUCGGCGUAAAAACUGGGCGAAAAGACCGGUCGGUCGAACGUUCCUCCGGUCUCUCCGGUUCGAGCCUACAUGUUUGCAGUGAGACGGAAGAAGAGCGAACCUCCCCGACCCGGAUUAUUGUUGUUAGCUAGCUAGCCUGCUAGCUAGCCCAAGCUACCUACAUUUAUUUCUACGGAGGAGCUGUGAGAAAAGAGAGGGGGAGCCAGAGAUACAGAACCCGGACCGUUUACAAGCUUUUUUAUUUUCCUUUUUUCAAACAAAAUACCCCGAGCAUUAAGGAGAUGUGAAGUAAGGUCAGACGGCGGCGACACUGAGCAACCUGUGCAUCGACACAACCUCCCGCCCCCACCUUCAGCAUGAAUGGGGAUAUGCCUCAUGUUCCCAUCACCACUCUCGCUGGGAUCGCUAGCCUCACAGACUUGUUAAACCAGCUGCCCCUGCCCUCUCCCCUCCCUGCCACCACCACCAAGAGUCUGCUGUACAAUGGGAGGAUCGCCGAGGAGGUCAACUGCCUGCUGGCCUGCAGGGACGAAACCCUGGUGUCCCAGCUGGCCCACAGUCUCAACCAGGUCUCUACUGAGCACAUAGAGCUGAAGGACAACCUGGGCAGCGAUGAGCCCGAGGGCGACGUGCCGGUGCUGCUGCAGACGGUGCUGUCCAGGAACCCCAAUGUCUUCAGGGAGAAAAGUACGCCCGCCCGAUACAGGGUUCAGGGCGGUAUAAUGCAGCAACCAAUGAUGCCACAGUACAAAAUUACCCAGAAUUCCAUGCAUAACAGUCCGGCGUCAACAAACUACCAGCAAGCCACCAUCUCACACAGCCCUUCCAGCCGCUUCGCUCCACCGCAGACGAGUUCAGGCAACAGGUUCAUGCCCCAGCAGAACAGUCCAGUGCCCAGUCCCUACGCUCCCCAGAGCCCGGCAGGCUACAUGCAGUACCCUCACCCGCCCAGCUACACCCAGCACCAACAGAUCCAGCAAGAGCUUCAUGGCUCCCCACUUGUUUCGGCACCGACUUAUUCAGGAAGCCCCCAGAGGCCGGUGCAGCCCUGUCUGGUGGGGCAGACCCAGCCCUCCCCCCAGCAGAACCCCUCCACCCCAACGUUAGUGUCUGUAACGAGUCCCAUGGUACCUGGCGGCAUGAGGAACAUCCAUGAGAACAAGGUCUCUGGGCAGAUGUCAAGCAACUCGGCCAACCACCACGCGGAGCGACACAGCUCCAAUGAAGAGUUCAUGAACAUUGUUCACAGAAUAGGCAGCGAGGAGAGUGAUCCCUCUAUGAGAAAUACCUCCUUCCCUCUGAGGUCUCCCUCUGUGUGCUCUCCUGCAGGCAGUGAUGGAACCCCUAAAGGAGGGUCCCGCCCCCCGCUCAUCCUCCAGUCUCCGCCCCCAUACACCUCACCCCGGGACGGGCCCCCAGAUCUCCUGCUCGACUCGCCUGACCACAAGAAGAAGCAGAAGAAGAUGAAGGUGGGCAAGGACGACAAGGAGCAGCCGGACAAGUCAGCCUUGUACGACAUUGUGAGCUCGCCCUCCAAGGACUCUACCAAGCUGACACUGCGCCUUUCACGAGUCAAGUCCUCGGAGGCGGACCCGUCGGGCGAGCUGCCGCCUGGUGCCGAGCACGGCUCCGAUCCUGAGGGCGAGCCGCCCUACAACAGCCUGCAGUACCCCGGCGGGCAGCCCCCGCGCACGCCCCAGGACCCGGCGCUGCGGCUCACUGGGCAGUGCCUCGCCCCAGGCGACCAGGCGGGCUACCUCCAGUCCCAGCAGGUGCCCGUGCUUCAGAACACGGGCAUGUCUGCCGGCAAGCAGGCAGUGCCCGGCGGGGGGCCCCUCUCAGCCGGCACCACGCCCUACGAUGAGGUGGAGAUGGACGCGCUGGCCGAGAUUGAGAGGAUAGAGCGUGAAUCGGCCAUUGAGAGGGAGCGCUGCUCCAAAGAGGUGCAAGAUAAAGACAAGCCACUGAAGAAGCGGAAGCAGGACUCGUACCCACAGGAGCCAGGAGCCGGAGGCACCGCGGGCUCUAGUGGAGGGCCCGGUGGUGGCGGGAACGCGGGAAACCGGGCGGCGCCACAGGAGGCCACCUCAGCGGGCAAUGGUGCUGGCCGGCCGGCCCUGAUGGUGAGCAUCGACCUACAGCAGGCGGGCCGCGCCGAGGGCCAGCUGGACCCCUGCAUGGCGGCGCCUGUGCCCGCGCUGGAGGCUCAACGCUGGGCAGAGGAGCCGCGGGAGGGCCCUGCCACCGAGGGCGCUGACACGGCCGGCGUGCUCCGCUUCAAGCCUGAGCAGGACCCCUCGCGGAGGCGGGUGGACGGGGAGGUGCAGAGGGCGGCUGACAGGAGGCCCGAGGUCAUCAAGCAGCGGCUGGACACACCCAAGAAGGGAGGCCCCGAGGUGCCCAGACAGAAGGGCCCGGACGGACACAAGCACGAGCACCGGCGGGACCCCUCUGGCAAGCCACUCAGCACAGAGCGCCGCGCCGACCCGUCCAAGCACCGGCCCGACGGCCGGGGGCAAGACGGUCGCCCCUCCUCUUCCUCGUCCUCCCGGCGGGACGGCCACGACGGCCACAGGGACGAACGGCACAGGGGCAGCAGCGGGGGCGACCCAUCCCGCAUCCGGAGGCCCGAGACGCCGAAGUCCGGCCGGGGCGAGCACGACCCACGGCACGGGCGCGACCGGGACCGAGAGCGCGACCGGGAGAGGAAGCACCGCUCCCCGGACGAGCGCCCGCGCCCCGAUAGCCCGAGAGUGAAGCAAGAGGGCCGGGGUGGGCUGGACCCCAGCGGCCGCCCGCGCUCCGACCGGCCAGGCUUUAAACCACCCGGCCCCGAUGGCGGCAGGAACCGGGCCGACGGCCACAAGCAGCAGCCGGACGGCAAGCCCGGCGAGUUCCCCUCCUACCUCCUCGGGGGGAAGUCAGGGGCACUGCGCAACUUCGUCAUCCCCAAGAUCAAGCGGGACAAGGACGCAAACGCGGCGGCGUCUGACCUCCGCGGGCUGAGCGAGGGCUGGAGCGAGCCGCGGGUCAGGCUGGAGCGCAUCGGGCUGGUGGAGGACCUGAACAAGGGGGCCAAGCCCGUGGUGGUGCUGCAGAAGCUCACCCUGGACGAGGUGCAGAAGUUCAUCAGGGAUAAGGAGGACCGGAAUGCGCGCAGCUCCAAGUCCAGCAAGAACAGGCUGCCCUCAGGGAAAAUGGGGAAAGGUGGCAUCGACCAGUCAGUACUGAAGGAGUUGCCCCCAGAGCUGCUGGCAGAGAUUGAGUCCACUAUGCCCCUGUGCGAGAGGGUCAAGAUGAACAAGCGCAAGCGCAGCACGGUGAAUGAGAGGCCGAAGUACGCUGAGGUUAGCUCGGACGACGACAGCGACGCCACGGCCGAGUCUGCUCGGAAGAGGCACAAGAAGGACCGGGACAAGGCGUGGGAGUAUGAGGAGCGGGACCGCAGGGGCUCCGGAGAGCACAGGAGGAGCAGCGGCUUCCCCGAGGGCCGGCGCGGGUCUGGUAGCCGCUACCGGGACCGCAGCCCCGAAUACUCGGACGAGGAGUCCCCCCCACCCAGCCUGAGUGACAUUGCCAGAAAGAUGAAGAAAAAAGAGAAGCAGAAAAAGAGGAAAGCUUACGAGCCUAAGCUUACACCUGAAGAAAUGAUGGAUUCCUCAACAUUUAAACGGUUCUCAGCCAGCGUGGACAACAUUCUAGAGAAUUUGGAGGACAUGGACUUCACUGCAUUGGCUGACGAUGAUGAGAUCCCACAGGAGCUGCUACUAGGAAAACACCAACUGAACGAGUUGGGCAGCGAGUCGGCCAAGAUCAAGGCCAUGGGCAUCACCUGCAGGCUUCCAUCUGACAAGCUGGUGAAGGUGUUGAACAUCCUGGAGAAGAACAUUCAGGACGGCGCAAAGCUCUCCACACUCAUAAACCACGACAAUGACACAGAGGACGAGGAGCGGCUCUGGCGGGACCUCAUCAUGGAGCGGGUGACCAAGUCAGCGGAUGCCUGCCUGACCGCGCUCAACAUCAUGACAUCACCCCACAUGCCAAAGGCUGUGUACAUUGAGGACGUGAUUGAGCGGGUGCUGCAGUACACCAAGUUCCACCUGCAGAACACCUUGUACCCCCAGUAUGACCCUGUCUACAGGGUGGACCCCCACGGAGGGGGCGUGCUGAGCUCCAAGGCCAAGCGGGCCAAGUGCUCCACCAACAAGCAGAGGGUAAUCGUCAUGCUGUACAACAAGGUGUGCGACAUCGUCAGCAACAUCUCCGAGCUGCUGGAGAUCCAGCUGCUGACCGACACUACCAUCCUGCAGGUAUCCUCUAUGGGCAUCACGCCAUUCUUUGUGGAGAACGUCAGCGAAUUGCAGCUGUGCGCCAUCAAGCUGGUGACUGCGGUGUUCUCACGGUACGAGAAACACAGGCAGCUAAUCCUGGAAGAGAUCUUCACCUCUCUAGCGAGACUGCCCACCAGCAAACGCAGCCUCAGGAACUUCAGGCUGAACAGCAGCGACGUGGACGGCGAGCCCAUGUACAUACAGAUGGUGACCGCUUUGGUCCUGCAGCUCAUACAGUGCGUGGUCCACCUGCCAUCUGACAAGGACACGAACUCCGAGGACCAGUACGAUAACAAGGUGGAUCAAGAUGUUCUGAUCACAAACUCCUAUGAGACCGCCAUGAGGACUGCCCAAAACUUCCUCUCUGUGUUUCUCAAGAAGUGUGGCAGUAAGCAAGGGGAGGAGGACUACCGGCCGCUCUUUGAGAACUUUGUCCAGGACCUGCUGUCCACGGUUAACAAGCCAGAGUGGCCAGCUGCUGAGCUGCUGCUAAGUCUGUUGGGCAGACUACUGGUGCACCAGUUUAGCAACAAGCAGACAGAGAUGGCCUUGAGGGUGGCCUCGCUGGACUACCUGGGGACUGUGGCAGCCCGCCUCCGCAAGGACGCUGUCACCAGCAAGAUGGACCAGCGCGCCAUCGACCGCAUCCUGAAAGAUUCACCUGGCACCGAUGAAACACAGCAGCUGCAGAAGACCCUGCUGGACUACAUGGAGGAGAACGCGGAGACAGACCCAUCGCUUGUCUUUGCGCGCAAGUUUUACAUCGCGCAGUGGUUCAGGGACACCACCACGGAGACGGAGAAGGCCAUGAAGUCGCAGAACCAGAAGGACGAGGACUCGUCGGACGGGCCGCAUCAUGCCAAGGAUGUCGAGACCACGGGCGAGAUCAUGCAGAAGGCUGAGGCGCGCAAGAAGUUCUUGCGCUCCAUCAUCAAGACCACGCCUGCACAGUUCAGCACCCUGAGAAUGAACACUGACACGGUGGACUACGACGACUCUUGCCUGAUUGUCCGCUAUUUGGCCUCUAUGAGGCCGUUUGCACAGAGCUUCGAUAUUUAUUUAACACAGAUCCUGAGGGUCCUCGGGGAGAGUGCCAUCGCCGUCAGGACUAAAGCCAUGAAGUGUCUCUCCGAGGUGGUGGCAGUGGACCCCAGCAUCCUGGCCCGGCUGGACAUGCAGCGCGGGGUGCACGGCCGGUUGAUGGACAACUCGACCAGCGUGCGGGAGGCCGCCGUGGAGCUGCUGGGCCGCUUCGUGCUGAGCCGCCCGCAGCUCACUGAGCAGUACUACGACAUGCUCAUCGAGAGGAUACUGGACACGGGAAUCAGUGUGAGGAAGAGGGUGAUCAAGAUCCUGAGAGACAUUUGCCUGGAACAGCCCACCUUCAACAAGAUCACAGAGAUGUGUGUGAAGAUGAUCCGCAGGGUCAACGAUGAGGAAGGCAUUAAGAAACUGGUGAAUGAAACAUUCCAGAAGCUGUGGUUCACCCCCACCCCCAAUCAUGACAAAGAAGCCAUGACCCGGAAGAUUCUCAACAUCACAGACGUGGUGGCUGCCUGCCGAGAUACUGGUUAUGACUGGUUCGAACAGCUACUUCAAAAUCUGUUGAAGUCGGAGGAGGACGCCUCCUACAAACCAGCCAAGAAGGCUUGUGUGCAGCUGGUGGACAAUCUGGUGGAGCACAUCCUCAAAUAUGAAGAGUCACUCGCAGAUUCGGAGCACAAGGGCGUGAACUCAACCCGCCUGGUGGCCUGCAUCACCACACUGUACCUGUUCAGCAAGAUCCGUGCCCAGCUGAUGGUGAAGCACGCCAUGACCAUGCAGCCCUACCUGACCACCAAGUGCAACACCCAGAGUGACUUCAUGGUCAUCUGUAAUGUGGCGAAGAUCCUGGAGCUGGUGGUGCCUCUCAUGGAGCACCCGAGCGAGACGUUCCUGACCACCAUAGAGGAGGACCUGAUGAAGCUCAUCAUCAAAUACGGCAUGACGGUUGUUCAACACUGUGUGAGCUGUCUUGGGGCAGUGGUCAACAAGGUCACUCACAACUACAAGUUUGUGUGGGCGUGCUUCAAUCGCUACUAUGGUGCUCUGACGAAGCUGAAGACUCAGCACCAGGAGGACCCAAACAGUACAGUUCUGGCUGCCAACAAGCCAGCUCUGCUCCGCUCCCUGUUCACUGUUGGGGCGCUGUGUCGACACUUUGACUUUGACCUGGAGGAGUUCAAGGGCAGCAACAAGGUUAUUAUAAAAGAUAAGGUGCUGGAGCUGCUGCUGUACUUCACCAGACACGAGGAUGAGGAGGUGCAAACCAAGGCCAUCAUCGGCUUAGGCUUCCUGUUCAUCCAGCACCCGAGCCUAAUGUUCGUCCAGGAUGUAAAGGGCCUGUACAACGGCAUCCUGUCGGACCGCCGCAGCUCCGUCAACCUGAAGAUCCAGGUGCUGAAGAACCUGCAGACGUACCUGCAGGAGGAGGAUACACGCAUGCAGGAGGCGGACCGCGAGUGGAAGAAGCUGUCUAAGCAGGAGGACCUGAAGGAGAUGGGUGACAUCUCGUCUGGCAUGAGCAGCUCCAUCAUGCAGCUGUACCUGAAGCAGGUGCUGGAGGCCUUCUUCCACACCCAGUCCAAUGUGCGCCAUUUUGCCCUCAACGUCAUUGCUCUCACUCUCAACCAGGGCCUCAUCCACCCCGUCCAGUGCGUGCCAUACCUGAUCGCCAUGGGAACGGACCCAGAGCCCAGCAUGAGAAACAAGGCUGACCAGCAGCUGGUGGAGAUAGACAAGAAAUACACCGGCUUCAUUCAUAUGAAGGCAGUGGCUGGGAUGAAGAUGUCCUACCAGGUGCAGCAGGCGAUUUGGGCGUCACAGGAUGCCAUCAUCCGGGGCUUCCGGCAGGAUGAGACGCACACGGCACUCUGCUCACACCUCUUCACCAUGGUGCGGGGCAACCGGCAGCACCGGCGCGCCUUCCUCAUCUCCCUGCUCAACCUGUUCGACGACAGUGCCAAGACGGAGGUGAACAUGUUGCUGUACAUCGCGGACAAUCUGGCCUGCUUCCCCUACCAGACCCAAGAGGAGCCUCUGUUCAUCAUGCACCACAUCGAUAUCACGCUGUCCGUGUCCGGCAGCAACCUGCUGCAGUCCUUCAAGGAGUCCCUGCUGAAGGGGCCCCAGCGGCAAGAGAAGAAGAUGCGUGAGAGGAGGUAUGACUCAGAGGAAGAGGAGGAGGAGAAGGAAGAGCGGAGCAGCAGGGACAACAGCAGCGAGGAUGAGGACGAUGAGGUGGUGUGCCGGCCCAAGAAGCCCAAGCGGCCGGCGCCGACCGUCAGCUCCGAGUCAGACUCGGACUCAGACCUGGAGGUGGAGGAUGUGGACAAGGUGAUGCAGCGCCUGCCAGACAACCCCACACCGCUGCUGGACUUUGCCAACGCCUCCCAGGGCAUCCUGCUUCUGCUGGUGCUCAAGCAGCACCUCAAGAACCUCUAUGGCUUCUCAGACAGUAAAAUCCAGAAAUACUCUCCUACGGAGUCAGCAAAGGUGUACGACAAGGCAGUGAACAGGAAGCCCAAUGUGCACUUCAACCCACGCCAGACGUUAGACUUCCUGUCCAACGAUGUGGCCAAUGCAGACCUCACCUACGAGAUCAAGAGGAAGAUUGUCAAACAGUACCUGGAUUUCAAGUUACUAAUGGAGCACUUGGACCCCGACGAGGAGGAUGAGGAAGGGGAAGCGUCAGCCAGUGCCAACGCCCGAAACAAGGCCAUCUCCGCCCUGCUGGGAGGCUCCAGCCCCAAGAACAACGCCCCCGACACGGAGGAUGACGAGAGUGACGGCGACGAGAAAACCCCAGGGUCCUCACGGCGGGCCAAGAAGGGCGCCGACUCGGCGGAGGUGACUGGCAACAUGAACGAGACGGUGGAGGCCAUGGACGUCAUUGCCAUCUGCUGCCCCAAGUACAAGGACCGGCCGCAGAUUGCGCGGGUCAUCCAGAAGACCAGCACCGGCUACAGCGUACACUGGAUGGCCGGCUCCUACUCGGGCACCUGGGCCGAGGCCAAGAAGCGCGACGGACGCAAACUGGUGCCUUGGGUGGACACUAUCAAGGAGUCGGACAUCAUUUACAAGAAAAUCGCCUUGACCAGUGGCCACAAGUUGACCAACAAAGUGGUGCAGACUUUACGAUCACUGUACGCGGCCAAGGAUGGGACUUCCAGCUAAUGAACUCUACCACUUUCUACGACUUCAACCCUCGACAGCCAAACUUCACCGGGAUCCAACCUUUUCUAAAAAAAAAAAAAAAAAAAAAAAAAAAAACAAAAAAAGG